UAUGGUCUUAUAAUUAUUUUUAUUUUCGGCCCAUUUGUAUUUUUAGUGUGAGAGGGGGAGGUAUUAGUGUAGUAUAUUCACUGUUUGAUGUAUAGUUUCCCUUCCGGGGAAAUUCAUUUCAAUAAUGGCUAAAGGCCGGAAGUUGACGACAAGUCGGAGCGAGCGAUUUCUCGGUACCUAUGGCUAUAGUCAUAGCCACGAUUCCACCGGGACUGACUCGUCCGAUUUGGGUGAAGAGGAUGUGUGGCCGAUGGAUGAUACCGUGGAGCCGGACCGGGAAGAGGAUUUCGGCGAAGGGAAUUCGUCGGCUCUUGCCGGUGGCAGCGGUGACGGGACUAAUAGUAAUCGUCAUGGAGGGAUUUCGGUGAGGAAAGGGAAAGGGGUUCCUCGGGAUACACGUGAGCGACACGUAGGCGGGCUGUCGUUGGCAUUUGAAGAUCCAGGGAGGAUGACAUCGGGGAGAAUCGUGCACCAGUUUCGGGGUAACGACAGCCAGGCGUCUCCACGAGGUCGGCAGAUGGCUACGUCAGCGCCCGUGAACGUGCCGGAUUGGAGCAAGAUUCUCCGUGUAGACUCGGCGGACUCGUUACACGAGUUGGACGAGACGUUGGAUGACCGGGACUCGGAGAUCGUUCCGCCGCAUGAGUACUUGGCCAGAAGCCGAAAGAUGAACGCCACUUCCGUUUUCGUCGGUGUCGGCCGGACCCUGAAGGGCCGGGACAUGAGACGUGUCCGGGAUGCGGUAUGGAGGCAGACCGGGUUCGAUGGCUAAAAAUUUCAGAAUUUAAAAUUAAAAAUCACUGUAAGGACUAGGAGAUGAAGAUCAACCAAGAAUUAAUCAAAUAUUAUGAAAGUGGGGCGGUUUUUUCCCUUGGGUUGUAGCUGACCCGGAUUAAUCGGGUAAACGCGGUGGCAGCCCAGAUUCCCGAGCAUAGCUAAAGAACAUAUUCUCUGAUUUUGAAGUACUGCCCGUCCGGUGACCGGAAUGGAAUAUGAAAACCAACCCAUCUCUUUCAACUCUGUUGAUAAUCAGUCUCCCAAUUUUUUU